AAACCCAGAAAAAAAAACACAGGUCCAACGACUGAAAAAAAUGGACGUCUAUAGGGCUCAAGAAGCGCUUUUGGGGCAAGGCUGGUGGGCACCCAGCUUGAAGCAGUUGCCCAUUUCUCUAGACUUAUUUAGACCCUAACCUGGCUAGGCGAAAAAGGAAGGGUGGGGUACAGUGUAUAGAGGACUUAUAUUCUGUAUAACGAAGGCUGCCACAGAUCCUCGAUGCUGUAUCCAGGACUGAGGCUUUUAGCAGCGAGGCGGUCAUUUUCUAUGCCACGUUAUUCGGAAAUGCUCCAGGCAGCUUUUUCCUGGACCCCCCCUCUGCCAAAGCUCCUCAAUUGGAAACAAAACCGCCAAAACCUUCCCUCUCAUUCCCCCAAAUAAUAUUCAUUUAAAAAAAAAAGAGAGAGAGAGAAGCCCAGAGAAAUCUUUCAGUCCCAUCCUUGGCUUAUUUCCCCCCCUCUCUGUCUCUCGUGUUCGUCGGCGGAGGAAAAAGCGAGCAAAGAGGCGGUAAAAAAAAAAAAAUCAACGCCCCAAAGCCGAUAAUAAUUCUGUCUCAGGGUGCAGAUGUGUGCAAAAACCUGGAGGCUUGAGGCAAGCAGAGAGAAGGAAGCAAACUGCUGCUUUGAAUUUCAGUAGGAUGGGAAAUGGGCUUUUUUUUAUAUAUGUAUGUAAGUAUACAGGAAUAGCCAUAUAUCUAUGUGUCUAUAAAGCGCCUACAUAGCCUAUAAUCCAUGGGUAGGAUGAUAUAGCCUUUGCAAUAGAAGAUCCGCUCCGGAAUCCGUAGCAGCACGCCCCGAAAGAGGUGCUGGGGUGGCCACUGCUCUCUCUGCUUCAUCCAGGCUUGCAAAAGGGGGGCCAAACUCGGCUUUCCCUGCCGGGAUUGCACCCAGCUCCCUUUGCAGGGGAUCUUGCUCCUCCACCCCGAGGUAGGCAUCCUUUUGCAAGCCAUAAAUUGCAGGCGGUAAAGGUAAUAGAGACUGUAAACUGUGGCACAUUACUGUAGCUACAUGACAGAAACAGCCCGUGCUUAAUACUUCAGAGCCCUUGUCGUCCCCCCCACCUCCACCGCUGAUAAAAGCCAUGCAAUAUUUAUGGGGAGAUAACUUUAUUUGUUUCCCCUCCAGUGAUACACACGCAGCGCUGGGUGCAGUGCAAAACAACACACACGUACACAUGUACAGAUGGGUGUACAGCGUGGGUGCACUCCAAGUAUGCAGCCCCGGAAAGUUAGGUGAUACCCUAAAAAAUAAAAGGCGCACCCAGCAAGAUCCCAUAUCCAUCCAGAGCAACUGGAUCACGUUAGGAUCCGGUGCGUAGGAAAUGCAGGGCACGCAUCACACCAACGCAACAAGGGAUGGAGGCAGCAAAAAAAAAAAAAAAAAAAAGUUCCCCAAAGCGGCCUUUUGGGGGUCAUUUAAAAAGCCCCCACACACAAACCUCAACGCUUUCCUAUGUGCAAUGCACACCCGUGCGCACACACACGCACAGGUUGCUGUGUGCAAGCUUUGCACGCCCCAAGAGGAGGGAAGGGCCAUAGGAGUGGGUGCCCAAGGCUCUCAAGUCCCCUGUGCCACCCAAAGAUGCCCAUGCCCGGCUGCGGCUCUCUGGCUUGCCCAAGCCCCCCGGGUCCUGCCUGGGGAGAAGGAGAAGUGCGCUUGGCUGUGGCAGGCGCUGCCCCCCCUCCCCUUGUCCUCCCAGCCCCUCGCAUGCCGGCCGGGCUCUGGGAGCCGCUGUACCCCGGGCCUGGCACCAGGUGACGCUGCAGCCUCGCCGUCUCGGUGCGCACUCCGGGGCCUGCCGGCUGCUUUUGCCAACAUAUCAGAUACGUUUCACAGGCUCCCAUCAAUAACUCCCGGGGUCAUCAAGCCAAAUUUAUGACUGGCCAACCGAGUCACGUGACUCUAUUUAAACAUCCCAUAUUUGGGCAGCGCACAGAGAAUAAAGAAAGAAGAAUCCCCACCUAUAAAUUCUGCACUUUCGAGAACAAAAACCCCCCUCAACUUCAAAGUGCCACAAAUCAAGGGUAAUCAAAAAAGGGUGCAAAGCACCCGCCAUGAGUUCUUACGUAGCCAAUUCCUUCUAUAAGCAAAGCCAAAAUGUUCCUGCCUAUUCUAUGCCAAGUUAUGGGAAUUAUGGAUCUGUGUCUGAGAUUCAGUCAUCCAGGUAUUGCUACAGUGGGCUGGAUCUAAGCAUCACAUUCCCAUCCUCUGGCUCCUCCAACGGUUUGGACAUGUCUUCAACCCCUAGAUCUAACCCCGAUCGACCUUCCUGCACAGUUAUGGGUUCUUCAGGGCACUCUUUAGCCAGAGACGACCAGACUCCACUAAAUCCAGGGAUCUACAGUCAGAAGGCUGGUAACACGGCGCUGGAAGAUAGAUCUAAGAGCACUGGCGAAAUCAAAAUUGAGCCGGUGCAGGGAACACAACAAGAAGGACCACAACGACAGCAGCAACAGCCACCACCACAAAUAUACCCGUGGAUGACCAAACUACACAUGAGCCAUGAAACAGAUGGCAAACGGUCCAGGACCAGCUAUACUCGCUACCAAACUCUGGAACUAGAGAAAGAAUUUCAUUUUAACAGAUAUCUCACACGCCGGAGGCGCAUUGAGAUUGCCAACAACUUAUGCUUAAAUGAAAGACAAAUCAAAAUCUGGUUUCAAAACAGGAGGAUGAAGUGGAAGAAAGAUUCCAAAUUGAAAAGCAAAGAGUCUCUUUAAGUAGGAAGGCGACUCUCCAAAUGAAGAGUCAAAAAUAUCUCCCCUAGUUUGGUUGCA